AUGCGCAUGGCGGCGCGGUCGCGGACGUUUGCGGAGGCAAACAAACUGUGUGAAAGAGUGCCAAGACGAGCGUCUUACUCCCACACUUUCAAAGAUCCAGAGGAUGCAGUACAACUUCCAUGUAGGGUGUUGAUUGUGCAAGUUGCCAGGGAGGUCACAGUCGCGACUGGUGGUGCUGAUAAGCGGGGAGGGGAGGCGCUCGGGCUCUCGGCACGUGACGUCGAAGCCGUCCGAGCAAAACCGAACAGAAACCUACCACCUGCUAAGCAAACUACUUUUACACUGCUUUGUGAAGACAUUUUGGAAACUGUCUUGGAAUGCGAAAUAUUAUGA